AUGUCCACCCAGCUCACAGGUCCAAACGCCGGCGCAGCCCAGGCUCGGCUGCGGUCGGCUGUCCGUGCCACCCCCGCCCCGGACCGGGGCCGCAUCCACCCGACGACGCGGCGGGGGCGCGCUUCUCCGGACGGCCCGACGGGCAAUUUCAGCGCCAGGGGACCUGUCCCCCAGAGCCCCUCCCAGGGUAACCGGGCCCGAGGGCCCAGCCCGGAGAGGCGGGACCCGCUCAGUCGCCCUUGCGGUCACCGGCUCCGCUCCCGGGGACUAGCUCGGCCCCGCCCGGCCCCGCCCGGCCCCGCCCGGCCCCGCUCGGCUCUACCCGACGGGCUCUGUCCGCCUGCUCGGCUCCUCUCGGCUCUGCUCGGCCCCGCUCGGCCCCGCUCGGCUCUACCCGACGGGCUCUGUCCACCUCCUCGGCUCCGCUCGGCUCUCCUCAGCCCCGCCCGGCCCCGCUCGGCUCUACCCGACGGGCUCUGUCCACCUGCUCGGCUCCGCUCGGCUCUGCUCGGCUCCGCUCGGCUCUCCUCGGCCCCUCUCGGCCCCGCUCGGUCCCGCUCGGCUCCGCUCGGCCCCGCCCGGCCCCGCUCGGCUCUACCCGACGGGCUCUGUCCACCUGCUCGGCUCCGCUCGGCUCUCCUCGACUCCGCUCGGCCCCGCUCGGCCCCGCUCGGCUCUGCCCGACAGGCUCUGUCCACCUGCUCGGCUCCUCUCGGCUCUGCUCGGCUCCGCUCGGCUCUCCUCAGCCCCUCUCGGCCCCGCUCGGCCCCGCUCGGCUCUGCCCGACAGGCUCUGUCCGCCUGCUCGGCUUCGCUCGGCCCCACUCGGCCCCGCUCGGCUCUACCCGACGGGCUCUGUCCACCUGCUCGGCUCCGCUCGGCCCCACUCGGCCCCGCUCGGCUCUACCCGACGGGCUCUGUCCACCUGCUCGGCUCCGCUCGGCCCCACUCGGCCCCGCUCGGCUCUACCCGACGGGCUCUGUCCACCUGCUCGGCUCUGCUCGGCUCCGCUCGGCUCUCCUCGGCCCCGCUCGGCCCCGCUCGGCCCCGCUCGGCUCUGCCCGACAGGCUCUGUCCGCCUGCUCGGCCCCGCUCGGCCCACCUGCUCUGCGGCUAUCGACCCGUGGAACAAUGGCGACCCGCGCGCUCCCCUGGCUGGGCCCUACGGUCCGGCUCGGCCCUGUUUGGCCCCCCUUCGGCUUGUGUCCCGCACCGCCGUCUCCACCCGCAGCCUCGUCGCCCUCUCCGGCCCCCCGAGGAGCCCCCUGCCCCAGCCCACCCGUCGGCGGCCGGGCCGCUCUGA